AUGCGAUGCUUACCUCCAAAGAGUGGAAAGAAAGUUGCUGCCGCCCCCUUCCCACAGGGCAAGGCUGGCUCCAAGAAGGCCCCAAAGAACCCUCUCAUCGAGAAGCGCCCUCGCAACUAUGGCAUUGGUCAGGACAUCCAGCCAACCCGCAACCUUAGCCGUAUGGUGAAAUGGCCCGCCUACGUCCGCCUUCAGCGCCAGCGCAAGGUUCUCAACCUCCGCUUGAAGGUUCCACCAGCGAUUGCCCAGUUCCAGAACACCCUCGACCGCAACACCGCUGCCCAGACCUUCAAGUUCUUGAACAAGUACCGCCCUGAGUCCAAGGCUGAGAAGAAGGAGCGUCUCCACAAGGAGGCCACCGCUGUCGAGGCCGGUCAGAAGAAGGAGGAUGUCAGCAAGAAGCCAUAUGCCGUCAAGUACGGUCUUAACCACGUUGUUGGUUUGAUUGAGAACAAGAAGGCCUCUUUGGUCCUCAUCCCCAACGAUGUUGACCCAAUUGAGCUUGUCAUCUUCCUUCCUGCUCUCUGCCGCAAGAUGGGUGUCCCAUACGCCAUCAUUAAGGGCAAGGCUCGUCUUGGAACCGUUGUCCACAAGAAGACUGCCGCCGUCUUGGCCAUCACUGAAGUUCGUGGUGAGGACAAGGCUGAGUUUGCUAAGCUCGUCUCUGCCAUCAAGGAGGGAUACAGCGACAAGUACGAGGAGGCCAAGCGCCACUGGGGUGGUGGUAUCAUGGGUGCUAAGGCCCAGGCUGCCAUGGAGAAGAAGCGCAAGGCCAUUGAGAACGCCAUCAAGAUCUAA